UACACAAAUCCAAACUUAAUCAACCCACCGCAUUCUCUUCCCCACAGACCCUCUAACACCAUCAUCUCGAUCUCCUGCUCAGAAACCACAUUUCUACUGUACAACACACAGGUAAUUUACUUAGUUACAUUAUAGAUAUGUAUCACAAGCCUACUGCUGCUCCCAAAUGGCAAAAACCAAUCACCAUUAAGCUCCCCUUUUUCAUUACUCUCAUCACCCUAAUCAUCUUUCUAUUACUAAUCAUUCUUAUUCAGAUCAAUACAAACAAACCCACUUCCCAUUUAGGCCUAGUUAAUCAAAAAAUUACAUCUUUAAAUCAACCCAUGUUUCCAAAAGUUGAAAUUUUUAACAAAACUGAAGUCAUUUGGCAAAUACCCAAAUCACCAAAAUCAUUACUUUUUCUUGCUCAUGGAUGUAAUGGCAGAGCUUCUAAUUUCUGGGAUAAAUCUUUAAGUUGUCAACAUUGUGUUGGUUUGCCCGAGGAAAAGCGUAUUGUUCUCGAAGCUCUGGCUCGAAACUUUGCUGUUAUUGCAGUUUCAAGUAAAGGGAAAUGUUGGUCUUUAGUGAAGGAAGUAUUAGUUGUGGAAAAGAUUAUUAAGUUGUGGGUUAAGAAACAUAAUCUUGAAAAGUUGCCUUUUGUGGCUUUAGGGGCUUCUUCUGGUGGUUAUUUUGUUUCAAUGCUUGCUAGUAAGAUGAAGUUUAGUAGUAUUGUGAUUAUGAUUGCUGAAGGUGUUUUUGAUCGGAUUAAUGUUACGAAAGACUACCCGCCUACGCUUUUUGUUCACAUGCCGAAAGAUAAAAGUAGGAAAAGGAUAAUCGAUGUGAAUGUUGAGAAUAUAAGGACGGAAGGUGUAGAUGUUGCUGAAGUUCAGUGUAUGGAGUUGCCUUUAUCGCCGAAUUUUCUUGCUGAUAGAGUUCCGGGACUUGACAUGGAGAUUUCUGUAAAAUUGUUUGAUAUGUUUAAGGAGAAGGGCUUUAUUAACAAAGAGGGUUAUUUGAUAAACGAUGGGCGGGUGAUACCCUGGAAAGAAGCAAUGACUGAAAGGAAGAUUAGUUUGCCUAAUAAGCUUUUGGUCAGUUACAUUCAGGAGGAACUGAAUCUUGCAUUUGCGUAUCAUGAAAUGACAAGCUUGCAAUCCGAGCAAAUCUUUAACUGGUUUGAAUCUCAUAUGAGAUAAUCGUUAUGUAAACUUAAGUAGCUUUUGAGUGAGUUAUAUGAAAUUAAUGCUGAUCUUAGUUUUUGUUGUUUGAUAGGAAUAAAAGUUUGGCUACUAACCUAUAUGUACACUGAAAUUAUAAGAAAAGGGGAUGGAUUUGUGUCCUAAUGAAUUACUUUCACUGUUCA